AUGAAGGACAUCAAGACAAUUGCGAUGAAGCUCGAGCCUUUCGAUCGUAUUUCAACAUCAUUCACGGUGCCGCCUGAUAAUUUGUGCCUACACAUUGCUGUGACGGUUCCUGCUGACAAGAAGCGACGUAGGGAGGAGGAUACAGAUACAUCUGUUGCAAAAUGUGCAAAGGUUGUUGAAGAUAACAAGCACGUCAUCAUGGCCAUAAAGACAAAACUCCCCGCGCCGUCCACGGGUGCCAGGGCAUCAGAGUUUCGUCAACUGCAGGCCGAUUCUGAGACCCGGAUCAAAAAUGGCCGCCCUUUAGACUGCACCGGCCCUCCUAUCUCCAUCUACCACCCUGUUUUUGCUGAAUUUUUGGAUCAUGCGGCUGAUCCCAGCACCAUUCCAUCCGCCAACAUCUUGAAAGCAAUGCACGAAAUCUUUCAGCUUUCAUCAGAGUUCUAUAUGGACGAGCUGCUGCGGCAGAACAAAAUCAAUGAACUCUUCUGUGGACUGCUUGGCAUGUCCGUCCAUCCGAUGUCGCCGGGCGAUGGGUCCUGUAAUGAUGGCGCUGUUGUGGCCUUUUGCCCUCCGUUUAAAAAGAAUGCAUUGUGCGCCAUCAUGGAGUACAAGAAUGAAAUGGGGCUCAGCGGGACAGACACAGCUGUCCAGGGCGCAUUGGGUUUCGUGAAAUGGCAGCAGCUUCAGGGAUGGGCAUCUGUCUGCUGCUGUCCCACCUUCAUCAUUGCGAUAGUAGGCCCUUAUGUCUGUAUAUUGGGGGCUGUUAUUGCAGAUGAUGUCCUCAUUGAACCCCUCACUGACUUCCUCUGGCUAGGUGGCACCCCUCAUCUUAAUAAACGUGUUGUUGCUGCUGCCCGGGUCUUCAAUACUCUGAAGAGUUGCUUGGAACAGUUGCAGACCUUCUAUCAGGGUUUACGACUCCCGACUGACAACACCCGUCUUUUCGUAUACCCCUACUUCAAUUCGUACCGGAAGGACAAUCGGGACGUGCAUCUUGCAUAUGUGGGUCGGAUAGGAUCCAAGGAUGAAAGGGUUGGUUCCACAUUGUUUGAGGCCAAGACCGAUAUGGGUGACAGAGUUGCGGUGAAGUUCGUCAAGGAUUAUUCGAGCCGAGGCCAUAGAUUGCUUGUGCAGCAUGGUCUUGCUCCUGCACUCCACUGCUUCGAGUCGGUUGGAGGAGGGAUGCAUGUGGUCGUCAUGGAUCUAGUGGGAGCAAGGACUUUGUUUGAACUCACAUGGGAUGGCAUCCCCGCAAAUGUCCGCCAAAGCAUCCUGGACGAUAUCAAGAAAGCUGUAUGCUUGCUGCAUGAUGCCCACUUGGUGUUUGGUGACCUUCGUCCUCCCAAUGUCAUGGUCGUUGAUUGGGCAGGGACAGGGCAGAAAGAUGAGAAUUUUGCACACGUCACCUUUGUCUUUUACUUCCGCUGUGUUAUUAUUCUUCUGGCAAAUACUCUCGCCGCUGAGCGAGCACAGGAUACGAGGGAGAGCGAGCGUUGUGCGUGGUUCUGCGCGGAGCUAGAGAGUAUUCAGGAUCAGGCUAGCAGGAGAUCUGUGGACCGCCAAAUGUCGACAAGGCAAAACAAGAAGCGCAAGGGACGGAGCAAUGUCAUCAACCGCGAGCGCACCGUCACCACCCUCACCGACGGCCCUGAGUCCUCCUUCCUCUCCACGCCCACCCACGACGACAGCAUGAACGUCCCCUUCUCCGUCCCCGCCGGCGCCCAGCCCGGCCACCCCCAAGGCCCCGGCAUGCCGCCGCCCGGCUACGCCCUCCAGCCCGCCUUCGCGCCCUUCCCGUACGCCGGCUACAUGCCCCCGCUCCCCGGCCCCGCCUUUGUGCCCCCGCACCCAGCCGUGCCGCCCCAGCCGUUCUUCCAUCAGCCGCCGCCACCGCCGCCCCCCGGCCAGAGCGACCUCGAGGUCCUCGAAAAGCUCAAGGAGUCCAUCAAGAACGGCCAGCACGAGUUCUUCCGCGCCGUGCCCCAGCCUGCCACCCUUGCAAAGCUCUAUCUCGGUCCCAGGGCAACCACACAAGUCCCACCACAUCCAGAGCAGAUCUCCCAGGACCUCCCCACAGACGCCGCGAAGCCUGUCCUCGCUCCCAACGUCGGCGACAACAACGGGAACAACAACAACAACAACGUCUCUAGCAACAACAACGCUGGCAGCAACGGUGCUCUCUCUGGUGCUACUUCUGGCGAGCAGCUGCGUAGGCUCAGAUCUCAGCCCUCUGAACCGUGGGACGCCCAACGGAAGCCCGCCGGACAGCAAUCAGUGAGCGACUCGCUCCCGCCUAAUAACAAUAAUGCGCAAGCGCCCCCUGCGCCACGCUACGGCGCCGACCAGAGGUAUGACUCCGCCCGUGGCUCUACUCCUGCUGCACAACCUGCCAGCGCCGGUGCCAAGCCUCUCGACUCCAAGCCUCCCCCCUCUGCUGCAGAAGGUCCCCAGCGUGCAACAGGCUAUGAUGCGAGCAACACCGACAGCGCACGCCAAGGCCCGCCUGGACCCAAAUACGAUCCAACCCUCGGCCGCGCGCCGUCGGAAAAGUCUGUGGCUAGUGAGUCUGCGGCGCAAGGAACGAAGCCGCCCGGCGACCUCCCGUCCUCUGGCAAGCCCCCGCCGUACGGAGACAAGGAUGACGUGCGCAACGCGCGUGAGCCCGCCUGGGGAUACCGCAACGGCGCCGAGGACAAGCCCUCCUCGCGCUUCGAGGACCGCCCCGGCUCGAACGGCCGUCUGGCAGACUCGCGGUACGGCAACGGCAACGACCACAAUGGGCGCUUCUCUGCAGCGCGAUUCUACGACCGCGACAAGGACAGAGAGCGCGAACGUGAGCGCGAGCGUGAGAAGGACAGAGACUGGGACCGCGAGCGGGAUCGGGACCGCCGCCCGGAUUAUUCGCGGUUCCGCGAUGACCGCCGCAACGAUGACCGUCCGCGUCCGCUGCCAGAUACCCGCCGUCCGUAUGAGUCUCGGUAUGAGCCUGUGCGCCGCUACGAAAAACCCGCGGAAAUGCGCGCCAACGAUGACCGUAGCUCUGACUCGCGCCAGCUGCGCCCGCUGACUGAUGAACGCUCCUACGGACGGCCUGCACUGGACAGCUCGCCCAGCAGGGCGCAGGGCAGACCGCUGCCGCCUGAUGACCGCCGUGGACCUCCUCCUGCUGACCGCCCGCUGAGACCUGGGGACGACCACCGCUCGCCGGUGUCGGGUGCUGUGGACCGCUCUUACAGACCACUGGAUGACCGCCCUUACAGACCACUGGAUGACCGCCGCCCACCUGUGCCUCCUGCUGCGGCUGACCGCUCAUUGAGACCUCCUGAUGACCGCCGUGCUCCUACUCCACCUUCCGCAGCUGACCGUCCGUUGAGACCCCUGGAUGACCGCCGACCGCUGCCGCCUCCCCCGGCUGGGGACCGGCAGUUGCGCCCUGGUGAUGAUCGCCGUCCGCCUGUGCCUCCCGCUGCUGCAGUCUCAGAGCGACAGGUAAGACCCGGAGACGACCGUCGCACGCCUCUUCCCCCACCGUCCAACGUAGAUAGGCAGGCUCGGGCUCCGCUUGAUGACCGUCGUCCACCUCUUCCUCCAAGCGCAGACCGCCAGGUAAGACCCCCGCCAGGCGAUGAUCGCCGCCCUCCGGUGUCUGAGGACCGCAACCCACGUCCUGGUCCUGUCCCUGCUGCUCCUGCAGAUUCAGCUGCUCCCCGAUCUGUUGAAGACCGCAACGGCCGUGUACCGCCUCAUGUCGAAGACAGGAAUGUACGCCCACCGGUGCCCUUGGAAGACCGCCUGACUCGCCCGGUGCCCCUCCACGAGCGGCUGAGUGCUAGUACUGCUGGUAGACCGGAAGACCGCACGCCGAGCACGCGCCCCGGUGUGGACGAGCGCGGGCCGCGCCCCGCUCUCGAGGAAAGGCUCUCCCACGCGGUUUCUGCUGCUGCUGCUGCUACUUCUGUUGCUACGUCUGCUGCCCCGCCGCCGCCUGCGGAAGAGCGGGCGACGCGUCCGCCCCCGCCCCCGCCUCUUCCAGCUGCUGCUGUUGCUCCUGACCGUGACCGUGUUGCCCGGCCUGUCCCUGCGGACGAUCGCAAUAUGCUCCUCGCUGAACCUGCCCGGCCGCCACUUCCCGCCCAGCCAGAGCGUGCGGCGCGCCCGGACGAGCGCGCGCGCGCACCCAUCGAAGACCGCUUCGCGCGCCCCGUCACGCCGGUCGGGUCUCGUCCCGGGCCAUUCCCCACCUCACGCGCGCAGUCCCUCGCGCGCGAAGACCCCCGCGCGUUCAAGCCGCGCUCCAGGACGCGCUCGCCCGUCCGGCCCGACGUGCGCGAGCGCGCGCCGUAUCGCGAGCCGGAGCGGUAUGCGGAGCGACGCGGGGCGGACAUGAUGGAUGUCGACUCGCCGCGCUUUGCGGAGCGCCCGCUUCCGUAUCGCCGCGCGCCGUCGCCGGCCCCGCCCCCGCCGGACCCGUAUGCGCCGCCGCGCGCGUGGGCGCCCCCUGCUGGCGAGGCGUUCGCUGAGGACUCGGCGCGCCGUGCGCCUGCUGUGGAGGGAUAUGGGAGGGACUGGCGGGAGGAGGAACGCGGGGGGUAUGGCGACGAGUGGGAGGUGCGGGGUGUGCGCGGUGGGUGGGAGAGGCGCGAGUAUGAGCGCGAGAGGUAUGUGGAAAGGGAUGCGGUGUCGAGUAACGGAUGGGAGACCCGCGAGGAGCGCGAGCGGAGGGUCUCUGCGGACCAGCCGCCGCCGCCGCCACCACCACCGCCGCCCGGUGCGCGCCCGCUGAGCUCGCGCUUGACGGAUGGAUACCCCGGAGAAGACCGUGGGUACGCGCGCGAUAUGGAACGAGCCCGGUACGCCGGUGUGGAGACGCCGCCCCCGCCGGCGUUUUCGCGCAUCCGCCCGCGGAGCCCCAGUCCGCUGCGCCGCGCGCCGGACGACCUGCGCCCGCCCAUCAAGCGCCCCCGGGACGAUGCGUACGCGCCGGCCGGGGCGUACUACUCGCCUGCGCCUGCGACCAGCGAGCUCCCGCGUGCGCCGCCGCCGCCGCCGCCGCCUGCGGAGUAUGCGGCGCCGGCGUCGGGGUAUUAUGACGACCGCGCGCCACCGGUGGCGUAUGCGGGUGGUGCGCCUGCGGGCGGGAUCGCGCGGGAGCGCGAGUAUGUGGAUACGAGAGAGGGGGGGUAUGCGUAUGAGAGGCGCGAGGCUGUGGGGCGGAUGCCGCCGCCGCGGUCGCCGCCGCCGUAUGGGCGCGGUGCGUAUGGGAGAGAUGAUCGGCGGUAUAGCUUGCCUCCGCGUGGGUGA